AUGGCGCCAUCAGCUAUUGAUCCCGAUCCCGAGCCUGAGGGAGACCGAGCGAAGUCUACCUUUGAAGAGAUUCCGAUAAUAGAUAUGACGGGCAGUUUCAGUGACGACGUCAAUGUCAGGCGUAAGGUUGCGAAAGAAAUCGCCACUGCGUGUGAGCAGGUGGGAUUUUUCUACAUAAAGAAUCAUGGAAUACCUCAGGAGUUGAUGGACGAAACUAUGGGGGCAGCCCGCAAGCAUUUCGACAAGCCUUUUGAGGCGAAAAUGCGCGAGCAUAUUUAUAAAAGCAAGGACAUGAGAGGAUAUGAGCCAGUACACGGAGCUAACGUGGAUCCCAACACAAAAGGAGACCGCAAGGAAUCGUUCCUUCAUAAUUGGGAACCAGAAUGUGAACCAGUCCCACCGACUCUCACCGAGGAGCAACGCGCAUUACUGCACCAGAAUCUUUGGCCUGAUGACGAUCCUGGAUUCAAGCAGGCAUGUUAUAAAUACGACCGACAUAUGGUGGUACUCUUGCGGAAGAUGAUACAAAUGUUCGCUCUUGGUCUUGGGCUUGAUGAACAUUAUUUUGAUGAGAAAGUCACUCAUCCUCUCGCAUCUUGCAAGAUGAUUCACUACCCUCCACAAGAUCCUACGGCCAACGACGAGACGGGCAUCGGUGCACACACAGACUUCGUCUGCUUCACUAUGCUCCUCCAAGAUGACGUCGGGGGCCUGGAAGUGCUGAAUGCAAACGCACACUGGAUUCCUGCAACUCCCAUUCCCGGCACCUUUGUCAUCAAUGUUGGUGACUUCCUGAUGAGGCUCACUAAUAAAAAGUUUCUAUCAACUGUUCAUCGUGUUGCAAACAAAACCGGAAAAGAGCGCUAUUCAAUGCCUUGGUUUUGCUCGUUCAACCUUGAUGCUAUUGUAGAGGUCCGAGUUUCCGUCGAAUUAGGCACUGUGGUCGAAAGAUGUUAA